AAGAGGAUGAGCCUUCGGCUGUACGGCACGGGCUGCUGCUUCCUCUUCCGCUUGUGUAGCAUGACUGGUCACGAGCCGCCCUCCUCUUCCUCCUCCUCCGGGCUCCGGUAACGGCUUCGGGGGCCGGCGACAGGCGCGGGGAGGAAGGCCGAGACGCGACGUCGAUCGCCGCAGUGGGCCGGGGCAGCCCCAGGUGACGGCGCCGCUCCGCGACCCUGCUCCCCUUCUCCUUCCCCCUUUCCCCUCAGCCGCACCUCGCUUGCUGCAGGCUCCGGGGGGCGAGAGAGACAACUGCUUGUAGAAUGUUCCUGGCUCACCCUUGCUUCCAUGCUGUGCUGCUAGCCCUCAUAACCACUGUGAUGGCAAAGGACAAUGAAUGUGAUCUACUUGGGGAGGAAAGCAGUGAAUCCACAAAAGAAAAGAAGCUGCUGGAGAGGUUGACGCCAAUUUUCGGCAGAAGUUUUGAAAUUGAAGGUGAGAGUGAAGGUGAGAAAUACACCUACAAGUUCCGGGUGUGUCGAAAUGCUAGCAAUAAGACCAAUUCUGGCCUGGUGCAGAUCAACAAUAAGCAACAGACAAUGGUGUUGGGACGAAUCAACGAGACCCAUCUUGCCAGUGGAAGUUCAUGGAUUUUACUGACCUAUAAGGGGGGAGACCCCUAUACUAGCCACUGUGGGAAGGAGCCGAGAAAAGCCAUAGUAAUGAUCACCUGCAACAAGAAGACACUAGCAAGUGGUUUCACCAUGGUGUCAGAAGAACGAGAUAAGAUGGAGGAAUGCUUCUACCUCUUUGAAUUAGAGAGCAGCUUGGCCUGCCCUCCAGAAGACUCUCACUUAAGUAUCGGCUCUAUAUUGCUCAUUACGCUUGCUCCAUUGGUUGCAGUGUACCUCAUUGGGGGAUUUCUUUACCAGCGUCUGUUGGUGGGAGCAAAAGGCAUGGAGCAGUUCCCCCACUUGGCCUUCUGGCAAGAUCUGGGCAACCUAGUGGCAGAUGGCUGUGAUUUUGUGUGCCGGUCGAAACCAAGGAAUGUACCAGCUGCGUAUCGUGGUGUUGGUGAUGACCAACUAGGGGAAGAGUCUGAAGAGCGAGAUGACCAUUUGCUACCAAUGUGAUCUUUUCUUUCUUUUCCUUCCAUGUUUGUUCACAUAAGCGGGUGUCACCUGGUCGCUUCCCCCUCAUCUUUCUUGUGAUCACCCCUUAAGCUGCUUGCUUUUUACCAUGGCUGCCCCGUUUUUCCUCUCCUGCUAUGAAUGAGUACUGGGACUGGGGCGUGGGGCUUUUCUGAAUGUAAAUCUGUGGUAACAAAACUUUGAAAUAGGGGGACUGGACAGAGCCCUGAAGGGCAAAUGCUUCUCUAGAUUGCCUGCUGAGGCUGAUUUUCCUCAGCUUAUGAAGAAGUGUUUGUAGGUUUGGAGUGGAGCAGCAAGGGGAACUUCAGUAUGUGAAGUUAAAGGGAAGAACCUGAAGGUGCAGGGAAAUACUAGUAGCCUUGGGUAUGGGGGGUGGGUAGAGUGGCUGGGAUUGAGUGAUUUUACAUAUUUUGUAUGGGCUUUAUUCUACAAAACACUGGAUUUCUAUUUUCAAUUAUUCAUUUGUACAUUUUUCUUGAAAGGUGAGGGAGCUUUCCUUGCAUUUUCAGAUUCACCCUUUUAAGAUGCAGUAGACAGACAGUCUGGAGACUCUUCCAUCUUAAAGUAUGAAUUAAAAGUAGAUUUGAGGUCUUCUUUUUUCCAGUUGCUGGUACAUGAUGAUGGCAAUAAUAUGUAUAUUUUGCUAUAUGGCCUGAAUUGAAAUAGAGGCAAAGAGGAAAGAAAGUUUCUCAAAACAGCAGGUGCACCUGAGUGCAGUCCCUGCAUUAUCACCCCUUUAACUGCUUUACGAGAAAGAGGCAUUAUCUAGCUUUAGUUGUUUAUGUGCUUAUGGCGGAGGUUGAAAAAUAUAAGGAAGACCAGUCCCCUUAGUAGUUCAACAGGGGAAUAAGGAAUGAAAGUCUGUCGGGGUGGUUAGUCAAAAUCUUAGCCACAAAAACCUAUGGAAUAAACUUAUAUCCUUCCAGGCUAGUGCAAACAUCACUGCUGGUCUGUUCUCAGUCGGGAUGUUAAUCUAAGUUGCACCUUCAUCUGCUUCUUGGAAGGAUUGGGAUAUGAUAGGUCUGUUGCUUUAAGAGAUUGCUUUCUCUACUUGGUGCAUGCUAUGCUAUCACCUACUGAAGAGAUCAGAGCUGCAGCUCAAAAAUAUUCCUUACUUUUGAAGAUAAGCCAUUUACAGUUCAAAGUCUCCUGAAUUCACUAGUAACACCAGCUAUCUCUUGUGAGGAAUAAUACAUUUACUUCGUAGGGAGAGCUGGUGGUUCAAACUGGGCAGCGAUCUGUGGGGUACACAGCAAGGCAGAAUCUCUCCUUUUCUGACUCAAGAGCAAUGAUCAGCUCUCCUGAUGGAAUGAAAUUAGAUAAACAAAGCUGCAUCAAGUGUCUCAAGUUCCCUCCAGCAGGGAUAAGGUCACUACAAUGGUCACUUUUUCAUGGUGGUGUUUAAAAAUAACUUUGUACAAAGACACAACUUUAAAAUUAAAAUGGCUUGAAGCCCUGAA